GAUUUGGCUCUAAAAUGGAACUUGAAGAACAUCAAAAUUCACAUACCGGCGAGAAACCUUUCGAAUGCAAUAUGUGUAAAGCACGGUUUAAUCGUCGUUCAACACUUUGGAAUCACAAGCGCAUUCAUUCGGAUGAUAAACCGUUCGAAUGCAAUGUAUGUCGUAUGACGUUCAAAUGGAAGAAUUCGCUCAAAUGUCACAAAGAAAUGCAUCAGCGGAAAAAUGAGAUGACAGGAAUCGAGAAUGAUCCAUUGGAAAAAACGCUUACCUAUGCAACGGCAGCUAAACGACGACAUCUGGAGAAUCACGACAUUGUAAACGCAAGUUCAAGUUCAGAAAUGGGAAUAAGUAAUGUGCGGUUGACAACAAGUUCAGCAGGUGGUAUUGGUCAUUUGACAGGAUCGGGAAGGCGACGUAAUACCAAAUUAUCAGUACAUUCACGAUCGAUAACAUCUACCAGCACUGAUCUUAUCAUUGGUACUGCCAAUAUCCCAAAUAAUACCAACAGAAGCAACAGCGCCAACAACACCACCACUACUAACAACAACACUAACACCAGUUCUAGUCAUUCUCUUAUUGGUUCAAAUGAUGCAUUUAUUCAUGCACCAUUACAAACGGAUGGUUUCUUUAGUAGCCAAAAGGCAUUAUCAAUAAAUGAUCACAAAGAGUUGGAUUCAUUAUUGAAUAGUACCACACGGUUAACGUCAAUGCUUAAAGAUGACUCAGCUUUUAAAACUAAUCUAUGUGAUGAUCUAUCAAGCUUGGGAAAUCAAAGUAAUACAUUUGAUACAAAACAAGAAAUGAAUCUUUUCCAUGCUAAUCCAUUUAUGAUGUUCGGUGCUCAUCAACUGCAAAAUCCGAUGCAAUCUUUUACACCACCAAAUUUGGCUUUUUCAAGUAGUAACGGUGGAUGUGGUGAAUAUUUCCAUCUGCACCUAAACAAUCAAACCGAUCAAAUACCCCAACAAAGCCUGCAACAACAGCAGCCGUUCGUAUCUCAAUAUUCCACUGGUGGGACGUCGUCUCAUACCACGGAUUUGUUAACAAAUCACAAUCACAAUGUGAUCAGUUAUCAACCGCAGUUGGAAGCACCGUCAUCAUUGAUAACACCGGCACUGGAUUAUGCAGUAAGUGGUGAUAACUUGGAAUAUAUGUUGAGCAAUUACUCGUCCACGAUCUCAUCUGUUACUUCGGUUGCAUCCACGGGAAAUGAGAUACGGCCAAGUGUUGCGGAACAUUUACAACAGCAACACUAUGCGGGACAAUCUGCUGGUAAUAACAGUUUACGAACCGAUGAUGUGGUUGUCGCUAGUGUUGUUACCGCUAGUAAUACCGGCAAAGAGGUACCACAAGUGUCAUGGUAAUAACAAGAACUUUAAUGGAACCAUACCGUUUGUCAUCAUCGUUAUCAUCAUCAUCAUCAUCAUCA